AUGGCUCAGAAACAAGUAGAAUUUGUGGACAAAGCUCAGAAGAAAAUAGAUCAGCUGGUACAGAAGCAGAUGGGACCACAGAAAGACUACAUUGAACUGAAGAAAGCUAAGAGUGACGAUCAGAAGACUGAACUGGGGAAGACCUCGAACUUCUUUCUCACGUCUCCAGACUACAUUGCUCGACAAGAGAAGAUGGCCCAGACCUCGAACCAGACCACGAGCUUCAAUCUCACGCCUUCAGACUACGUUGUUCAACAAGUGAAGAUGGCCCAGACCUCGGAUUACCUCCCUAGCCAGAAUCCGACAGACCCGGGAUUAGGCUUCUAUUUUCCCGAUUCACAGGACGCUACGGGACUGGAGAUGGGCUUAUACGAUAAACCCCCCUUCGGCGGAGAAGAUUCCCGCAUGAGCAGGGCCGAUUUCGCCAUCAUUACGACCACACUGGACGGUAUUGUCAACCGGAUCAACGUGAUGACCGACGAAAUCGCCAAUCACACCGCAGUACUGGUGAAAAAAAUCGAGGAAUUAGCAGCAACCCGUAAGGACAUCACCAGCAGAAGAAGGAAGGACCCAGUCACUAACCCCUGUUUCACAUGUGGAGAAACGGGACAUUGGUCACCAGAUUGCCCUCAGAAAGUCAAGAAAACUGUAGAAAAGGACCCUUGUUACAAGUGUGGGAAAUUAGGCCACUGGAUCAGCGACUGCCCGAGAGAUGAAGACGAAUUGAUGGCUAUGAUUGGCGAGGUACCCGGCACAAAACCUCCGGUCGUAAGAGAGUACACCCCAUCGGAGAAGUGGAACCCACCACCCCCUAAGAAAACGAUCAAAGAGAUGAGUGAAGGAGAACCCCCUAAAAAGAAGAGAAAGCUGAGCCGCAAGAAUAAAGAAUGA